GGCAGCAGCAGCAGCUUGCCUCAGCAGACGGCGGCCCCCGCCUCCGGACCCAUCUACCGUUUUCCUCUCGUCGUUUCCAUCCUCCGUCUCCCCUCUCUUUUUCUUUUUUGCUCACUCCUCUCUCGCCUGUAGACGGCUCGGAGAAAUGUCCGCCAGACCGGGAUUUUACCGGCAGGAGCUCAACAAGACUGUGUGGGAGGUUCCGGAACGAUACCAGAACCUGACGCCGGUGGGCUCAGGAGCCUAUGGAUCGGUGUGUUCGGCGUAUGACGUGGUCUUGAGGCAGAAGGUUGCGGUGAAGAAACUGUCCAGGCCAUUUCAGUCUCUGAUCCACAGCCGCCGCUCGUACCGGGAACUCAGACUGCUCAAGCACAUGAAACACGAGAAUGUAAUAGGGCUGCUGGACGUCUUCACACCUGCUGCAAUGUUAGAAGACUUCAAUGAACUCUACCUGGUGACUAACCUGAUGGGUGCAGACCUCAAUAACAUCGUUAAAUUUCAGAGGUUGUCAGACGAGCACGUGCAGUUCUUAAUUUACCAGCUCCUCCGUGGCCUCAAGUACAUCCAUUCAGCGGGAUUGAUCCACAGAGACCUCAAGCCAAGUAAUGUGGCAGUAAAUGAAGACUGUGAGCUGAGGAUUCUGGACUUUGGAUUGGCCAGGCAGACAGAUGACGAGAUGACAGGGUACGUGGCGACUCGCUGGUAUCGAGCACCGGAGAUCAUGCUGAACUGGAUGCACUACAAUCAAAACGUUGAUAUUUGGUCUGUGGGAUGCAUUAUGGGAGAGCUACUGAAGGGAAAAGUCCUUUUUCCUGGCACUGACUAUAUUGACCAGCUGAAGAGAAUCAUGGAGGUGGUUGGGACUCCGACACCCGAGUUGCUAAAGAAGAUCUGUUCUGAACAUGCGCAGAAGUACAUCCAGUCUCUGCCCUUCAUGCCCCAGCAGGACCUGGAAAAGAUCUUUAGAGGAGCAAAUCCACUAGCCGUUGAUCUGUUGAAGCGCAUGCUGGUUCUGGACUGUGAUGGGAGGAUCUCGGCCAGCGAGGCUCUGUCACACCCCUACUUCUCACAGUACCACGAUCCAGACGACGAGCCGGAGGCCCCGCCUUACGAUCAAACGCUGGAGAGCAAAGACCGAACUCUAGAAGAAUGGAAAGAGUUGGUAUUCGAGGAGGUGAGCAGCUUCAAAGCAGCCAGCAGCAAGACUGAUAGCCUUCAGGUGGAGCAGUAAGCCGCCCUCUGCUCUGCCUCUACCUGGACAAGGACCUCGUACUCAGUGAAGUGGGACAAGGACUGUGGCAAGAAAACUCUGCAUUCCCGCUGCUCAGUGUGACUGUGUUUGAUUGCCUGUCAUGAGAUGUUUUUGAGCAGCGGAGGGGGGGGGCGGGGGGGCUGGACGGUCUCCACGGGAUCAGAUCAGCACACAUCACAAUUACUGGGAGCAUUUUAGAAUGAGAUAGAAGAAUCCCUCCAGUGCUGAAAGUUGCUUCCUCUUAUGUUUCCACUCUUACGUGAGGUUAAAAUGCGGAACAGCUCAACUCGUCUACAUCAGGGAUCACAGAGGACGUGAGGAUUCAUACGAGGGAGUAACUUUAAGGAGCUGAACUUUGUUUACAGGGCUGACAGAACAAGAUGGAAGGAAGAAAAAAAAAAAGCAAGCACUCUAGGAUUUCCAAAGCAACGACAGGCCAACUGAUCCCUCAUCAUGACAAAUACCAUAAGCAGUCACUGCUUACAUAUAUGGAAUUCAUGUUUAAAAGCUUGCUGCAGUGCCACGUCAUGCCACAGAACAGCUUUAGCCUGCAUACUACUGCAUGAUUUUUGUGCAUUUUAUUAUUAUAGCAUAUUACUGGUACUGUACUAUAACCAUUAAGACUGCUUAUUGCAUCUGCCUUACUGGUUUCAAACCAGUUCGAGGGUCAGAAGAGAGGCAUUACCAGGAGUGUGACCAACUUUCAACCCGUUUAUCUUCAUCGGUUCCUCACCAUAAAAAAAUAUGAAACAAAACCAAACAGAAAGCAGAUGUUCUUCCUCUGAUGAAAAUCAUCCUCUCCUGCUUGUGGAAUAGUAAACACCAACUGUGCUAUUAAUUAGCAAGGUAAUUGAUAUAUGCCAAAGCUGGAACAGAAUGACUGUGCUGCAGGUCUGUGUUUACAGUGCGACCUCGCUUCUCAUAUACAGUUUCCGCUGAUGGCUGAUUUCUGAUCACCUGUCGGCUUUGUCACCAUGCCACCAGGUUUCCGUGGUUGGCUGCUGUGUCUUUUACAGCCAUGGUUUGUGUUUACAAUAAUUAAGAUUACAGGCAUUUUGUAAACUGUUAGAAACAGUCUCCAGAAUGUGCGUAAACAGUGCUGGAUAAAAAUCUAUUAUACAACUUGUAGCUCCAUCCAAGCAACGACCGGUCAAACACUCGGACUGAUGAGUUGUGUUAAGCAGCCGUAUUUGGCUGUCUGUGGUAACCAGGGAGCUCAUUGGUGAUCUUUCAUGUUUCCUCAGGUUCUUUUCAGUUUUCAUGAUGCUUGAAUAUUAUAAAGGAAACUGCCCAGACUGCACACAUUCAUUAGUGACCACAGUAUUAAAGCCCUGGGGAUGUUCUUUACCUCAUUUGUGAGUAUUUAAAAGUUGCUGCAGCUUAUAGCUUACUGCAACCUUAUUAUACCCACAGUCGCAUAAGGAACACCCUCACAGGGGACACUUGUAUAAGCAGCAUGAGCUCAGUGCACAUACAGAUUAUUACAACAAAUGGCUGACUUCCUCCCUGACACUGUGUUAUUCAUCUUGCAGCAGACUGGAGUUUUGGUUCUACAAUUUUUUUUUUUUUUUUUUGCUGAGGUAGAAAUAAUCUGCUUGUGUUAGACCACACUGCACACGGCCAAUGAACCACAGGUUUUGAUAGCUAAAAAAAUUAAGGUCAGUGAAAAUGUCACGAGGUAAAGAGGACAAAGCAUGAAGUCUCGUGCUCGAAAAAAAAAAAAUACUGUCUGUCUGGCUUACCAUGCAUCUUCAGUGUAGCCAGAUAAAACUUAUAUCUGGCUAUUCUUAAACCUAAUCUUUAUAGUAUCUGGAUACGAGUUGAACAUGGAUGUUUUCUGGGUUAAUUUCCUCUAAUGACAAGUAGCAAUUUUCUGGGUUAGUUAGCCAAACUGACCUUUUAAUGCCAAGCAGCUGUGGAGCUUUGGCUUACACUCAGAUUUAACUCAAUGAAUUAGAUUAUUUCUACCUCAAACCUCAUUUUUGAGAAACACCAGAAAGGAAACAUAUUCUGAACUAUUUUUUUUUUCUGUAACGGUUCACACUGGAGUGGUACACGUAGCCUUCUGUGCAAGUUGUCCAUGAACACUGGAUGCAAAAUGCUGAAUUUACAGUCCAAGCGAAUCGAAGCUGUCCGUCUCAGUCAAAGCGUGUUAGAGCUCUGAAUGUUCAAGUGUUACGUGCUUAUGUGGAUGUUGUACAUGUGGUGGAUUUGAAUAGCAAACUGCAAACCGAAUGUAUAUGUAUACUGUAUGUGUGUAUGUUACAAGUUAGAAGUGUCUUUUGAAUACAUGGUGGCAUGUGAUUCCGCUGUAGCCAUGAGUUUCAGAUCAAUCAACUGAAUGUCAGCUCAUGAUUUUCCAACGAUUCAGAUGAUUUUCUCAUUCAUCAUCACUUUGGCAAGUCUUGGCUUCAACAGAAUAAACACCAUCAUUUCUGUU